CUAACGGAGACCAUGUUUCGACUUACCAGCUCGGGCAAGCACAGCGCAAAGGUUAGAGCUUAUGACAACCCAGCAUAUGACGCUCCUACCAGCAAGCCUGGAGAACCUGGAGAUGCAGCCAUUACAGUGCAGCCGGCGGUUGACGCCGACCUAACGGAGGUGGUGUUCCCCAGCUCGCGCAACAUGCUGCGCCGCAUGACCUACCAGCUGUGGGCGGUGUACCUGCUCAUCGUGGCGCACGCAAUGGUCACCGCCUACACCGACCCAAUCUACAUGCAGUCGCCGCUCACGCAGGUCAUCGUGUACGGCUCCCAGGGCGGGCUGCUGAUCGCCAUCAUCAUGGCCUUCUUCGUGCUCACCAGCCAGACGCUGCUCAUCCAGCUGGGCCGCUACGACCUCUACCUCCGCGAGUUCGCAGCGCUGUACGGCGUUUUCGCACUGGCACUGGCGCUGUGCAUCGCAAUCAAGGUCUACUCGGCGGUGCUCAUCCUGCGCCGCGUGUCGUACCUCGCCAUGUGGGACAUGCCGGCCUACACGGCGCUGUGGGCGGUGCACCGCGUGGUGCUGCUGCUGUUCUGGGUGGCGGCCGCACUCAGCGCCACGGCCGUGUUCAACACGCGCUACUUCGACCCGGACAUGCUGCUGCGGCGUGACCGUCAAGCAGCGGGAAGCGGGCAGCAGGGGGCAGCGGCAGGCAUGGCGGCGACCGCGACGGCAACGGCAGGCAGGCGGCGG